GCCCUCAACACCACCCUCGAGCCCGUCGACCGUAACAGCCGGGACUGGAGCAUCGUCGCCCAGUACGUCAAGAACACCCACGCGCCCACGCACACCAGCUACAAGCUCCGCCUCAAGGAGCUGUACGCGGUGGAGCGACCGGGCGAGGAGGAGCGGUUCAAGCCCUACGCGGCGCUGGGCAACCAGCAGCUGCUGUGGCACGGCUCGCGGCUCACGAACUGGAUGGGCAUCCUCUCGCAGGGUCUUCGUAUUGCGCCGCCUGAAGCCCCCUCGACCGGUUACAUGUUCGGAAAAGGAGUCUAUUUUGCGGACUUGGUGACGAAGAGCGCCAACUACUGUCACGCGAGCCGCGAGAACCCGGUGGGCGUGAUGCUGCUCUCGCGCGUGGCCCUGGGCAAGACGUACGACUGCACGCAGGCCGAGUUCAUGAACGCCAACAAGCCCGGCUUCGACUCCACCAAGGGCUGCGGCGCCACCGGACCUGACCCCGCCGAGAACGUCACCAUGGCGGAUGGAACGGUGGUGCCGCUGGGCAAGCCGGUGCCGACGGGCACGUCGAACACGAGUCUGCUCUACAACGAGUUCAUCGUGUACGACGUCGCGCAGCUGUUGAUCAAGUACCUCGUCGUGGUCGAGUUCAAGUACAGCUGA